AUGGGGCCUGUUGAGCCGGCAGUACAAUAUCGUCUCAUUGACUUUACUGGUCUUUACGAACAACACCUACGUGACCUCAGUGCAUGGGUGGAGAAAGAUAUCGAGCCUCCAACGGCUACCAACUAUACCGUUCAGAAUGGCCAGGUCUAUGUCCCCCAGUAUGCUUCCCAACGAGCAGGUAUUCAGCCUGUCGCCAAUUUGGAAGUACGGGAUGGUACGGUAGCGGAGGCUCAAGUGGGAUCCCCAGUGACCUUACAAACUGGCUUCGAAGUGUCUCGUGGCGUUGGAAAAAUUGUGUCCCUUGAGUGGGACAUCAAUGGGAAUGGAACCUUUGUCCUAGAGGACUUUGGUGCGCCAAGUCUGGUGGCCCAAACGAAUAUCAUCCAUGUCUACACGGAACCAGGAGUAUAUUUCCCAAGCAUUCGAGUGGCAUCUCAUCGAUCUGGGGAUGCGGAAAGUCCUUAUGCUGUGGCCUAUAAUUUAGGUCGAGCGAAGGUGGUUGUUAAAUGA